AUGUCUCUCGAUUCCGCUCGCGAUUGUGCCGACUUUGCAGGGCACAUCAUGGAGACUGACGCUGCUGAUGAUGCCAUCACCACCGACACCGUCCAUCCGCUAGAAGUAGACAUGAAUCAGCUCGGCCUCGACGCUGUCGCCGUCGCGGCAACCACUCAGCCUCCCCACACUCCGAACAACCUAGCCCCUGAGCUCAAGCUGCAGAUCGCGUCCAACCUAUCGAUGGCCCAGGUCAUGAAGCUUCGACAGAUGAGUUUGAAAUUCAAGGAACUCGUCGACGAGCACCAGGACACGAUUGCGCAAUCUAGAAUUAAAUCGUCACUCGCGUACAUCGACGACUUCAUCAAGUCACACAUUACCUACAGCGCCAAGAAUGUGAACGGCAAGAGCGCCUUCAUGACCGCACUCACUGCAUUCAUCAACUUGCGCGGUGUUGUGAAGCCUAGCCUCUGCUUUGAGUGGAUGRAACUCAUUGAAUGGUUCAUUGCGACCUGGAAGAUUAGACUCACCCUGGAGAACGAAUCUGAAAAGGAUGAGGUCCCCGCUGAGGACUCUGAGGAGAUCGAGUCUCAACAGCCUGACAUGAACGACGAGGCUGAGCAUCGCGAACACAAGAUGGAUCCGCUUCAAGUCGCCAUCUUCAAUCUCGCGCGUCUCCACGCUCACUAUCAUGUCAGGGGAUGCGAUUUGGAGGAGGAGAGUGUUAUCUUCUACCAAGACAAGUGGCUGGCGAUCCCGCCCAAGAUUGUCGGACUGCAGUCUGUUGUGCAGAUGCACGUCGUGCUCCAAGACAUCGAGGCCGGCGCGUGGAUACCUGCCAAGGUCUUCCAGCAGUGUCCUGUCCUGAGCUGUGAGGUAGACGCACCACCCACUCCAUACGGCAUCUACGCAGACCCAUUCUGGGACGCCAUCGAGGAGGAUAAUAAGAGAGCGAAGGCGGAAAAACUGGCGCGUGAGGAACUGGAGCGCGCCGCCAUCGCGGACGCUGCGGCUGGGUGGACUCUUGUUGCGAAGCCACCCCGUCGCAGUAAGAAGCAAGUGGCCAAGACCAGCGCUGCUUUGGACCCUCAGAACCUGGCUCCCAGCAAGCCUGUGACGGAGUACCCCGAGGGAAUGCCUGACCCCGACAAGGAAUCCUACGAUGAGUUCAAUGACCGGCCCAUUUUCUGCCCCGAGUACGGCAUCUAUUACGAGCAAGAAGACUCUGAGGCUCUGGCGUCCAAGUUCCAGAGAAUCUUUGGCGUUUCUGACUUGCUGGAAGGUACCCCUUUUCGGCACUUCGUCAAGUCAAAGUGGGCAUACGAGAUGGUGGUGGAGGUUCUCAGUGGGCAGAUUGAGCCGAGCUUACAGCAAAAGGCCGCGAUCUUGGAGGAUUUGUACAUCUAUUGA